GCAGGUACCUGUUCAUUAAUAAGUUUUCUUGCAUGAUGCCUUCGUCGUCAGAACUCAUAGAAUUAGCCUCCAUCUCCCCCAAAUCCUUCAGAAAAUAAAAGAAAGGAAGCUUUUCUCUGUGUAUCGUCAACCCGAGCAGGAGGAUCAGUGUUACCGACAUUGCUAGCCUGCUCCCGGCCCGCCCGCCAGAACCACAGGCCACACCCAGGGACACUGCCUUGACCCAUUGAAACCGCCACGGUGGACCACCUUGACCCUUGACUCCCAUCACUUUGUGUGACUAAACGGAAUAGGGAUGUGAAGCUCUCAAGCUGAGCAUCUCUGCACAGGGGGGUGAGCUGUAUGAUGCUGAGAAACAUCGGAAGAAGGAUGCAUCCCACGCGCUGUGAUCAGGGAUGAGCGGCGAUAUUCUACCCCCGUCAUCAUGCUUCUUGCCUCUACGAGGCGGUAAGGGGGUGGCCUCAGGCAAGUUGAGCCCAGGAGGCACCCGGGCGUCCGGAGAACGCGAUAUGGAAGACUGGUGUCCCAGUUCUCCCACGGGAACAUCCUUCCUGGGUGAUCUCUUCUUGUCUUGCUUUUGUCUUUUGCACCCUCACACUCGUUGCAUGUGGUGUACCACCCACAUCCCUUCCAUUCACCUCGCACACUUCUUCGUGGUGGCUAUCAUUCGCUUUCCGCCAUGAUGGGUGCGUCGGUACAGUCAUUCUUUCUUAUGCUUCUUUUUGCAGCGUCCAGUCUUUCACUUCCAUAUAUCCCAGAAUAUGAGGAAUACAACCUCAACCAGAACAAGUCGGCCAGGACACCCCUCGACUAUUGGGGAGAGUGGCCUGACCAUGAGUUCCAAUCAUCUCCAGAGAACUGGCGAAUGCCAUUCUACUCUCUUUUUCUUGACAGAUUUGUGAACGGCGACCCAUCAAACGACAAUGCCAAUGGAACUGCUUUCGAGGUCGACAUUCUUUCAACCCAGCUGCGGGCCGGCGGCGAUGUAAGCGGUCUCAUGGACACGCUUGAUUAUCUUCAGGGCAUGGGUAUCAAGGCAAUCUACAUUUGUGGCAGUCCCUUCAUCAACCAGCCAUGGUCGGCCGAUUCAUUCAGUCCAUUGGACCUGACUCUCCUCGACCAACACUUUGGAACAAUUGCGGUCUGGAGAAAGGCCAUCGACGAGAUUCACCGACGUGGCAUGUAUGUCGUCUUCGAAAAUACCAUCUCGACGAUGGGUGAUCUUCUUGGCUUCGAAGGAUACCUCAACACGACCACACCUUUCAGCUUCACCGAACACAACGCCGUAUGGAAGUCACCCCGAAGAUACUGGGAUUUUCCGCUGGGAGAGGCCCUAGUUGAUUGCGAAUAUCCACGGUUUUGGGAUGAGCAUGGAAAGCCUGUUGGAGACGAUGUGAUGUCUAAGAUGACCAAGUGUCGAACCAGUGACUUUGACCAGUAUGGUGAUGUCGAGUCUUUUGGCAAGUACCCAGAAUGGCAGAAACAGUUAUCCAAGUUUGGCUUCGUCCAGGAUCGUCUCCGAGAGUGGCGGCCAAGUGUUCUCGAUAAGAUCAAGCUGUUUUCUUGCAUGACUAUCGCAAGUCUCGACAUCGAUGGCUUUCGUAUCGACAAGGGCCUGACCAUCACACUCGACGCUCAAGCAGAUUGGUCCGAGUACAUCAGGGGAUGCGCCAAGAAAUAUGGCAAAGACAACUUUUUUAUUCCGGGCGAAAUCGUUGGUGGGAAUGCGCUAGGCGCUCUGUAUUAUGGUCGAGGUAAAGAGCCUCCCAUGUUCGCUGCGACACCCGCCGAGAGCUACAACGCAACGAACGAAACAAGCCCGUCUUCGUACAUUCGUCCCGUACAAGCGCUGGACUCUGCUUGUUUUCAUUAUUCUGCUUAUCGUGCUCUCACACGAUUUCUCGGCAUCGAUGGCGAAUACGGCGCUGAAAUGGAUACUCGGAUCAGUUGGGCAGAGGGGUGGCAAGAUAUGCUCAUGACGACGGAUUUUAUCAACGCCAACACUGGCAAGUUCGACCCCCGUCACAUGUUUGGCGUGUCCAACCAAGAUGUCUUCCGCUGGCCAUCAAUUCAAAAUGGAACGCAAAAGUACCUGGUUGGCGCCUUCAUCAUGUCUCUCUUGAUGCCUGGCAUCCCCAUUGUCAACUGGGGCGAGGAGCAGGCCUUUUAUGUGCUCGAAAACAUCGCCGGUAAUUAUCUUUACGGUCGUCAGCCCAUGACUUCAACGAAUGCAUGGGAGCUUCACGGUUGCUACAAAGUCGGAUCUGAAAAGUACUUCAAUUUUCCCCUCGACGCUGCCCUCUACGGCUGCGACGAUCCCAACGUCAGCCUCGAUCAUCGUGAUCCUUCACACCCAAUCCGAGCAGUCGUCAAGAGAUUUCUGGAACUAAGAACAGUCUACCCGGCACUUAACGAUGGCUUUGAGAUGUACCAAUUAUCGAAUCAUACCAACUGGAUCUACCUUCCCGGAUCAAACGGAACUGGCACAGAGCUGGGUCUAUGGAGCUACAUCAGAAUGCCCCAUCAACAACUGCAAAACUUUUCGUCAGUACCUCAUGGCGAGGACCCGGUGUGGCUAAUGCUAGGAAACGAGAACAGGACCAUCAGCUACAAGUUCAACUGCUCUGAUCCUCAGACAGCUUUGCUAUCAGCCUUCGGAGCAGGUGCCACGGUCAGGAACCUCCUAUAUCCCUAUGAGGAGUACACACUUGAACCUUCGACCAAGCGAAUUGAUGACAAUGAAGAUGAGUUAUUUCACGGCUGCUUGAGUGAGCUCAGCUUCCCCGCUUGGGGGUUCAAGGCCUUUGUUCCCGUCGAAAGCUGGGUCGGCCCAGCUCCUGUCAUCACCAAGUUCCUCCCAGGUCAUGACUAUCGCUUGGAGUCUGCCAAGGACGGCAAAACAUCUGUGGAGAUACAGAUACAUUUUUCACAGGAGAUGGAUUGUGAGAGUGUGUUCAACUCCAUCGAGAUUACAUCCAACACGGCCGGCGGAGCUGUUGCGUCGCUCAAUAGGGGGUCCCUGAGAUGCAAGAAGCUGAAUGUCGUUGAAAAUUCCACAAAAUACGUUGGUCAGGUCGCAUCGGUGUGGGAAUUCGCCGCCACAAUCAACUCCAUUCCCGAUGGCAUUCACCGCAUUACAGUACGGAAUGCCACCGACAAAGCGGGCACGGGUAGUACGGGAUCAACGGAUCACUUCCUGCUGCGAGUUGGGCCCCAGAGCAAUCCCAUGGUCUUCCCCAGACAUGCCAACUACUCCAGGGAGCUUGUCUACGCUAAAGGAGAGGGCAUCUUUGUUCGCCACAGAGCAGCAGGCGCCACCAAGUUCCGAUGUUCUCAAACAUGGAGCUCGAACUGGACCCCAUGGCUCGAUUACACGGGAGAAGACUACAGGCUACCAGCCAAGAAUUGGACAGGAACAAACCUGCAGGAUUGGACUGGCGAGCAUGUCGUCUGUCAGUACUACAGCAAGCUUGCUGGAAGUAGCCAUCACCAGCAAGAAGGUGACCUGGAUGCAUCCAGCCUACCCCGGCGUUUCCCCCACCUCUUCAUUAACGGUCACUUCAAUGCGUUCGGGUUCGACGCAGGCAUUCCAAACAAGAUGCUCCAGAAGGCCGACAGUGGUGUUUGGUCUGUGGAUAUCAUGGCUGAGUGGCCAACCGCUCUGCAAUUUAACGUUUGGGGCUUGAACCCGGAUGGUCUUCCGGACCAGACGUGGAUUUUCGGUGAUGUCAACUUCGACUAUGUGCUUGACAGACUGCCCCCUGGGUCCUUGAGGCAAAAUGUUGUCAACAUCACCGAGUCUCCCCCUUCCCCUUUUGUGGGAUGGCGGUUUGAAGUGGACGAUGCCACCAUGAGAUACAGCAAGUUUCCAGCAGGCAGCAGGGUACGGCAGAUUACAAUCUUCUCGCUCAUGUGGGUGUUGCCGUUGCUUACGGGAUGGCUCGUCGUCUUCACAUUCACCGGGUCGUUUUACAAAGUCAAGCACAAUGUUUCGGGCGCUGUCACGAAGCAUGGUAAACUGUCUGAGAAGCUCCGGCAAGUUUUCGAAAUGAAGGAAAAGCCAUUGCCUCGACCGAGUCGACCCUCGUCUGAUGCAUCCUCUGUCGGUGAUCCAACACGGCCCGGGACAUCACACACAACCGGCAGAGGGUUGAAUGGCCAAGGCCUUCAUAUGGACAUUGGGGCUCCUCGCAAGAAGGCCCUCAUUGCCACAAUGGAGUACGACAUCGAAGACUGGAAGAUCAAGAUCAAGAUCGGUGGUCUUGGUGUGAUGGCACAACUGAUGGGCAAAGCUCUUGGCCAUCUAGAUAUCAUCUGGGUCGUCCCGUGUGUUGGGGGUCUUGAGAACGCAUAUCCUAAUGGGUACCCAGUUGAUCAACGUGCCGAGCCUAUGGAGAUCACGAUUCUCGGCUCUCAGUACAAUGUCGAUGUUCAAUACCACACGCUCCGGAAUAUCACCUACGUUCUGCUCGAUGCACCAGUUUUCCGCCUUCAAACACCCGCCAAUCCGUACCCGGAAAGAAUGGAUGAUCUUGACAGCGCCAUUUACUACUCGGCUUGGAACCAGUGUAUUGCCGAGGCCUUGAAGCGCUUCAACCCAGACAUUUACCACAUCAACGACUUCCACGGCGCCCUUGCCCCAUUGUACCUACUCCCUCGUGUUAUUCCAUGCUGCCUUUCUCUUCACAACGCCGAAUUUCAGGGAAUGUGGAGCCUUGGAACGAAAGAAGAAAAGGAGGAGGUUUGCAAGGUUUUCAACUUGGACCAGAAGGUUGUGGAACGAUUUGUGCAAUUUGGCGAGGUCUUCAACUUACUGCAUGCGGGAGCUAGUUAUCUGCGGGAGUUCCAACACGGCUUCGGAGCGGUGGGAGUCUCCAAGAAGUAUGGCAAGAGAAGUUUUGCACGAUAUCCAAUUUUCUGGGGCCUCUCAAAGAUUGGAAGCCUUCCAAAUCCAGAUCCUUCGGACACAGCUGAGUGGUCGCCGGAGCUUGAGGCAGCUUCCCAGGCUGAGAAGGUUCACGUUGAUGGCGAGUUUGAAGCUAAGCGUGCUGGGCUCCGUCGGCAGGCCCAGGAAUGGGCUGGCCUGAAGCAAGAUGCAGAUGCUGAAUUGUUUGUCUUUGUUGGUCGAUGGUCUAUGCAGAAGGGGGUGGAUAUUAUUGCAGACGUGUUCCCGUCUGUGUUGGAGCACAAUCCAAAGGUGCAGUUGAUUGCUAUCGGGCCAGUUAUCGACCUCUAUGGCAAAUUGGCUGCUAUCAAAUUGGCAAGACUUAUGGAGCAGUAUCCUGAUCGGGUUUUCUCCAAGCCAGAGUUUACGCAGCUGCCUCCAUAUAUCUUCAGUGGUGCUGAGUUUGCGCUUAUUCCAUCUCGCGACGAGCCGUUUGGCUUGGUGGCAGUGGAAUUUGGGAGGAAAGGAGCGUUGGGGGUGGGAGCUCGAGUUGGUGGCCUCGGGAACAUGCCCGGGUGGUAUUACACUGUCGAAUCAACAUCGGCCAAGCAUCUCAUCAGUCAGUUCAAAGAUGCCAUCGAGGGCGCCCUCGCCUCAGAUACCGAGACUCGUGCGAAGAUGAGAGCUGUCUCAGCCAAACAGCGCUUCCCAGUCGCGCGAUGGGUAGAAGAGAUCAGCGAGCUUCACAGCACAUCAAUCCAAAAGUCUCAGAAGCACAGGGACAAGCCAGACCACCUCCGACUUGUUGGACUCUCCAAGACAAAUCUCUCACGUUCUGCUUCACCCACACCGACAGAACUACAGUCUGGCCGACCCAUCACUCCUACCUCGUUUCUUACGCCUGGCUACAACGGUCUGCCAUCAGGUGGAAGAAGUCCGAUGUCUGAUGCAGCAGGAUGGCCACUUAUGCCUCCUCUGCCAUCUCCAAAUACCAAGAGGUACUCAGAUGUCUCUAUUCGUUCUGUCACCAAAGGGCGCAAGGAUUUUGCACUGCAAAAGGUUGACCCGUUCUUCACGGACACUGAUGGCGAAUACACUGUCGAGUUCCAGAAGAUGUUGGCGAAUCUUGAUGCCAAAUCUUCAGAGACCGAUCUCUGCAUUGAGCAAUAUCUGGUCCGGUCUGAAAAGCAAUGGUUCCAAGACUACAAGAGCAUCAAAUUCGGAUUAUCUUCGUCUCGAAACACAUCCAAGGUCACUCUUGUGGAACCACCUUCGCCAGGUCGUGUUCACCCUCGCUUUUUGGAUGUUCCAUCCCGCCCAGCAAGCCCCUACACACCCAGUAUUGCGUCUUCGGUCUACUCAGCCGAGGAUGGAGACGAAUUGCAUGCCACUCAUGGGCAGUAUGUUUCCACUUUUGAGACGGAAGAUGUGCCUCCCGUGGCGCAUGCAACUGCUAUGCAGAAGUUCAUGCUUCGAAAGGUGUUUGACUGGCCUAUUUACACUCUCAUUUUGGCGCUUGGACAAAUCCUAGCUGCCAACUCGUACCAGAUUUCCCUGCUCAAUGGCGAACAGGGUCAGACAGCGGGAACGCUUUACACUAUUGCCUCGAUUUACGCCGCAACGUCCAUUUGCUGGUGGGUCGGUUCCCGCAAUCUCAAAUCUGUCUGGGUCUUGUCUACACCUUUUGCCAUCUACGGUCUUGCCUUUCUCUUUGCUGGCUGCGCGCCGUUUGCGCAGUCAUUCUAUGCGCGAGGCUGGGUCCAGAACACAGCCUCUGGGCUGUAUGCAGCAGCAUCUUCCAGCGGAUCAAUGUUCUUUGCUCUCAACUUUGGCGACGAGGGCGGUGCGCCAGUGAGGACAUGGGUCAUCCGUGCCUGCGCUGUGCAGGGUGUACAGCAGAUUUACAUCAGCGGUCUCUGGUACUGGGGAUCUCUUCUCAGUUCUUACGACAGCAACGGUAUCCCCAUGGCGCGGGCAUCCAACACGAUUGUGUCGGCCGUCUGUCUCCCUGUUGCGGUGCUGAUGAUGGCAUUAGCGGUUGUCACCCACCUCGGCUUGCCUGAUUACUACCGACAAACUCCGGGGUCCAUCCCAUCAUUUUUCAAGUCUGUUUUCCGACGCAAGCUAAUUAUCUGCUUCCUCGUUUCCGUCAUAAUCCAAAACUACUGGCUCUCCUCCAACUACGGCCGCAGCUGGCGCUUCCUCUGGACGACGGCCCACGCCCAACCCUGGCAGAUCCUGCUGCUCAUCAUCCUCUUCUUUGGCCUAAUCUGGAUCGCGCUCUUCUGGCAACUCGCCCACCUGUCGCGCGAGCACAGCUGGCUCUUCCCCGUGCUCGCCAUCGGCCUCGGCGCACCACGUUGGGCGCAAAUCUUUUGGGGUGUCUCCGGGGUUGGCACCUCCCUCCCCUGGGCAUCAGACGUGGGCGGGGCUCUGCUGUCGAGAUCGUUAUGGCUUUGGCUCGGGGUCUUGGAUGCGUUGCAAGGCACGGGGGUGGGCAUGAUGCUUUUGCAGACCACGACGAGGUUUCACAACAAUUUUGCGCUGGUGGCGGCGCAGGUGCUGGGGAGUAUGGCUACGGCGGUGGGGAGGGCGACGGCGCCGAACGCGGUUGGGCCGGGGCCGGUGUUUCCCAAUUUGGCCUUGAGUCUGGAUGGGUUGGGGAAUGGGUGGUUUUGGGUUUGUUUGUUGAUGCAGGGGGGGAUAUGUGUGGCUUUUGGAACGUUUUUUAGGAAGGAGCAGUUGAGUAAACCUUAAGUGAGGGGGAAUGAAGUUGAUGCUCGAACACAACUUGGAUAAUGGUUUGCAGAUGAUAGAUGGGGUUGUACACUUUUUUUCCUUUUUCUUUUUUCUGUUUCUGAUCCUAAAUUUAGAUACCUUGGGGUUCUGUAUAGAUAGGUAGCAGUACAUGAGUUAAAAGCAUGUCUUCUUGUUGUUUUUGCUCUCGGAAGAUAGUACCCCUGAAAGCAACCGCCGAGGCGAGCCAAGAGAGGUUAACAGCGGGAGCUACGACAACAAGCUCCCUAGCGUGCCUUGGCGGUUAACUUCCAGACCUCCAGUCGAGAGCUCCAGAUGCGGUGGCGGAAAAGAUGGGAUGGUCUAGAAGGGGAUAGGAUGUCUUCUUAUCAGAUUGAGAGUAC